AUGAGUUCGACCCAAGAAAUCAGUGCAGAUGGUGUAAGCAGUUCUCCAGACGACAUUACCGAUACCUGGGCCAUACUUCGUCAAGCAUAUGACAGUCACGAUGAUUUCAUCGAUAGAUUGCAUCAACUUGAACGAAGGGCCGAAUGGAUGAGAUCGAGUAUCCGCCGAAUGGAUGAGAUAAUGACGGCGCUAGCCCGAAUUUGUAAUCCUUAUGGUAGUCUGUCUGACGCAACCGUCUCAAACUAUCUGGAAAAGAGGAGCAGACCGAGUUGUGGUGGAGUUGGCGAUGGUGAAGGAAUCAUAUGCGUUGUCUGCCAAGACCGGCUUCAUUGUCACGACGAUGGUGGUGAGGGGAUGAUGAUGAUUGCAACGCUUGGAUGCGGACAUGAGUACCAUGUUCCCUGCAUCAAGCAGUGGCUGCUACGGCAGAACGUUUGCCCCCUGUGCAGAACCCUAACGGUGCCCCUCUGA